GGCGACCGCGGCGCCAGUGAGGGGCCCGGGAGCCCGGGCGGCUCCGGGCCGGGGCCCCGCCGCGGGACGGACCAUGCUACGCUCCACCGGCUUCUUCCGGGCCAUAGACUGCCCCUAUUGGGCUGGGGCGCCCGGGGGACCCUGCCGGCGGCCCUACUGCCACUUCCGGCACCGUGGAGCCCGGUGCCCGGGUGUGCCCGGCGGCGGCGGAGCGGCGCCCUCCGCAGCAGGAAAGAAUGCACUGCCUACUCCUCUCCCCAGCACAUCUGUGCUCACCUUUUGCAGAUGAAAUGGGCCCAAAGAUGGGGAGCCACUCGCCUGUGUAUGCAUGGCUGGGUUGGGCUACGACCCGUGCAGCCCCGAGCUGCCCAAGCCCCCUGUGCAGAGGGAGAAUGGUGCCCCACCCAGAGAGGGUGAUCCCCGCUCGGGCAUCCUGGAGCUAGAGCUGGUCAGCCGGGCCAUCGAGGCCGUGCGCUCCGAGGUGGAGCUUGAGCAGCGGCGGUACCAGGAGCUGCUGGAGACGGCCCGCGGGUGCAGCGCAGCUGAGGCCCCCGCCCUGGCGCCCCGCGGCCCUGCCGCCGGCCUGGACGAUGACACCUUCCCGCUGUCCUUCGAUUACAACCCUGGUGGCUGCAGCCUGCUGAGCCCCAACCCCAGCUACCAGCCCACCCCGCUGGCCGCGCCUGCCGAGCUGGGCAGCAAGUACUCGUUGGACCAGGCUCAGGGCCACGGCGGAGGGGGCGGCGGCACCCUGGAGUAUGUCCCCAAGGCCGUGGGCCAGUCCCGGAGGUAUGGGCGCCCUGUCCCCAGCAGCAAGUAUGUGCUGGACGACUCCAAGCCAUCCACGGACCUGGAGUACGACCCGCUGUCCAACUUCUCUGCCCGGCUGCUCAGCAGGGCCAGCUGCAGGGACGAAAGGGCCCCCAAGCGGCCCUGCGGCCCCCGUGGCAGCGAGCCCUACACACCUGUGCUUAAGAAGCCCUAUGACCCCUUCGGUGGCUGUGACGCCAGGUUCUCCGACUCGGAUGACGACGCCACAGCACCGGGUGACAGGCCUGCUACCGCCAGCCCCCCGCAAACCCCUGUGGGCACGGAGGACAAGGGCCCAGAGAAGCCAGGCCCUGGAGAGGGCCGGGAGCCCGAAGAGGGCAGCCUGCGGGAGACCAAGGAGAUGGCCGUGCAGUGCGAUGUGGGGGACCUUGGGCAGCCUCCCCAGGCCCCUCAGCCGGCGCCACGAGCCACGCCCAGCUGCCCCACCAGCGCGCAGGAGCCCAGUGGUACCAAGGAGGGGAGACCCAAGAGGAGGAACAGUGCGGAAGGGGCCCGGAGGAAAGAUGGGGGUAAGGAAGGUGAGCGCGGGAGGCCGGCUGAGAAGCCGUGUGUGGACAAGAGGGGCCCGCAGGGCAGCAGCCCCCGGCACGGGGCAGAGCGGCCCGAAGGGACCAAGAAAAAGCCAUCUCCUGCCACCCCAGUGGCCAGCUCAGGGAAAGGCCGGCCUGGCCGGCCAGGGCCACGGCCCAACCCCACAAGCGGGGGUGCCCUCCAGCCACCGAACAGGAAGGGCGGGAAGGCCCCAUCAGGGAAGCUGGCAGAGCGGAAGGCCCGCUCGCUGGACGAGGGCGCCUCCCGGGGUGCCCCCAAGCUGCAGAAGCGGGCCCUGAGCCACGCUGACCUUUUUGGGGAUGAGAGUGAAGACGAGGGCCCGGGGCCCAUGGCGCCUGCACCCCAGCCCCCCACCCUCGCCUGCCUCGGCUCCAGCUCGGACUCGGACUCGGACUCCAGCCUGGGCCUGCCUGCCGCGCGGGGGCCGCACAAGCGCCUCAAGGCCUUCCUGCCCCCCUUGCCCGCCCCGGCCUCCCCCUCCUCCUCUGCGUCCUCGGGGGCGGGCAUGGACGUGGACUACUUGGCCCUGGAGAAGGAGGUGGAUUUCGACUCGGACCCCAUGGAGGAGUGCCUACGCAUUUUCAACGAGUCCACCAGUGUCAAGACGGAGGACAGGGGCCGCCUGGCCCGGCAGCCCCUCAAGGAGGAGAAGACCGAGGACAAGGGGCCCUUGGGCCUGACCACUCUGUUCCCUGGGCAGAAGCGGAGAAUCUCUCAUCUCUCCAAGCAAGGCACAGAGGCAGAGCCUGCGAGGAGAGGCCCAGUGCCCCCUGCCCGCCCCCCAACCGCCCAGGAGGUGUGCUACCGCCGGGCCCAGCAGGCGCAGAGGGAGUCCGCCAGCUGGCUGCAGGCUGCCCAGCGGCCUGCCAAGAAGCCGUCCUCCAUCCACAUCUCCGCUCCCGGGGAGAAGAGGAGAGUGGCCCACGUCCCCAGCCCCCGCCUGGCCGCAGCCCCCACAGGUGCCGGCAGCAGCCAGUCUCCCAAUGGCCCUGAGCCAGGCAGCCAGCCCCUGAAGACCCGCACAUUGUCGGGCAUGGCAUCCAAGACCACCACCACGGUCAUCCCCAGGCGUGUGGCGCACAGCCCGUCUUUGCAGAGUUUAAAGAAGCCCAUUAUCCCAAAAGAGUUUGGGGGCAAAGUCCCCACUGUCAUCCGCCAGCGGUAUCUCAACCUGUUCAUCGAGGAGUGCCUCAAAUUUUGUCCCUCCAACCAAGAAGCCAUAGAGAGGGCACUGACUGAGGAGAAGGUGGCUUAUGACCGCAGCCCCAGCAAGAACAUCUACCUGAGCGUCGCCGUGAACGCCCUGAAGAGGCUGCGGGGCCUGGCCCCUGGCCCCGUGCCCGGCGUCAGCAAAGCCAGCAGCCGGAAGGUGGUGUCCCAUGAGGUGAUGCUGGGGGGCAAGUUAGCCGCCAAGACGAGCUUCUCACUCAGCCGCCCAAGCAGCCCCCGGGUGGAGGACCUGAAAGGGGCCGCCCUGUACGGCCGCCUCAAGGAGUACCUGCUCACCGAGGACCAGCUCAAGGAGAACGGUUACCCGUUCCCGCACCCUGGGCGGCCAGGCGGCGCCCUCGUCUUCACGGCUGAGGAGAAGAAGCCCAAGGACUCCUCCUGCAGGAUCUGCUGCCGCUGUGGCGCCGAGUACCUCGUGUCGCCCUCGGGCCGCUGCGUGCGGGACGAGGAGUGUUCCUACCACUGGGGGCGGCUCCGACGGAACCGAGUGGCCGGUGGCUGGGAGACCCAGUACCUGUGCUGCUCAGCCGCCGUUGGCUCCACCGGCUGCCAGGUCGCCAAGCAACACGUGCAGGAUGGCCGGAAGGAAAACCUCGAAGGCUUCGUGAAGACCUUCGAUAAAGAGCUUUCAGAAGAUGCCCACCCAGGAAUAUUUGCCCUCGACUGUGAAAUGUCCUACACCACCUACGGCCUGGAGCUGACGCGCGUCACAGUGGUGGACACGGACAUGCACGUCGUUUACGACACCUUCGUCAAGCCGGACAAUGAGAUCGUGGACUACAACACCAGGUUUUCAGGGGUGACUGAGGCUGACCUUGCCGAUACGAGCAUCUCUCUCCGGGACGUCCAGGCUGUCCUGCUGAGCAUGUUCAGCGCUGACACCAUCCUCAUCGGACACAGCCUGGAGAGCGACCUGCUGGCCUUGAAGGUCAUCCACAGCACCGUGGUGGACACGGCUUUGCUCUUCCCACACCGCCUGGGCCUGCCGUACAAGCGCUCCCUGAGGACCCUCAUGGCCGACUACCUCAGACAGAUCAUCCAGGACAACGUGGACGGGCACAGCUCCAGUGAGGAUGCCAGCGCCUGCAUGCACCUGGUGAUCUGGAAGAUCCGAGAAGACGCCAAGACCAAGCGGUGACCGGCGCCCACUUCCCCCGCUGCCCCGGCCCACCCUCUGCCCCAGGCCUCUUCCAAACAGUGCAAUAAACCUCGGGAGCUGACCGUGUCCCCGUCGCUGAGACUGAAGACCGAGAGUGGGCAAGCAGCAGCACGAGAGCCACCGGAGUCCCCGCGGCCCCGCUCAGCCCCGUCCCCUCCACCCUGGACCCCUCCCUUCAGGCUGCUGCUGCCGCGAGGGCCGCCGCGUCCCCCACCCCUUAAGACCACCCGCCCCCGCCCCCACCUCCAGGGCCGUGCAGGUUUGAGACGGGGUCGUCCUUUUUUAUUUUGUAUUUUUAUUAUCUUUAAUUUAAGCCUGAUGACUUGCACAGUUGUCUUUCCCACCUGGAGCAGCAGGACCCUGGUGCUGCCUGCCUUCCUGGGCCGGGGUUGGCCAGCCGGCUGGGCACAGGAGCCCCCUUCCCUGGCGCAGCCUACCUGGACUGCAGGACCUCUGGGAACCAAGCCAGUCCCCCCACCCUCCCCCCAGGCCUCACCGGAGCCCCUGCCCUUCUCACGAGGCUGUGUGUAAAGGCCCACAGCCCAGUGCCCUGACCCCCUCCCCCAGCCCCAACAGGGACAGAAUAAAUGUUUGUAUGGAUUUUA